AUGAGCUCCGUACUGGAUGACUAUGAGGCCGGAGAAGUAAUUGGGAACGGCUCCUUUGGGUUGAUCAGGAAAGUCCGAAGAAAGGCUGAUGGCGCACUGUUUGCAAGAAAAGAGCUUAAUUUUGAGCGGAUGACGGAGCGGGACAGGAAACAGAUCGUCGCAGAAGUCAAUAUAUUAAAAGACUUGAAGCACGACCACAUCGUGCGAUAUCACGACCGGUAUGUCGAUCGGGAUAAUGGGAUAUUGUAUAUUUUAAUGGAGUACUGCGGCGGAGGUGACCUGUCUGGAGCUAUAAAACAAAUGAGACGGCAAAAUAAGCACAUAACGGAGGACACAGUCUGGUCUUAUUUUGCGCAAAUUCUUCUUGCAUUGCAUCAUUGCCACUUUCCCAACUCCAAGGCAUCGACAGAGGGCUCUAACCUCGUUCCACCCAGACCAACGCAACAAAUUCUUCAUCGCGACCUGAAGCCUGAAAACGUCUUCCUAGACUUGGAGGGGUACGUCAAACUGGGAGAUUUCGGUCUGGCAAAACAGAUAGGAUAUGCUACGUUCACGCAGACCUACGUUGGGACACCCUAUUAUAUGUCUCCAGAACUAAUUAAUGAGAAACAAUACGAUACCAAAUCAGAUAUUUGGAGUCUGGGUUGUCUGAUUUACGAACUGUGUGCUCAAAACCCACCUUUCCAUGAGGCAAAGACACAUCAAGAACUCGCACUUUCAAUACGACAAGGCCGAAUACCACCACUUCCUCGCGUUUAUUCGUCGGCUCUCAGCAACGUUAUCAAAUCGAUGCUGAAUCCUGCCAUGCGGCCCUCGGCACAGCAACUACUCCAGCACGAAAGGAUCGAAUUUGCCUGUAAAAUGACUGAGGCACAAAAGCUAGCCACUGGCCUGCGUAUCCGUAAAACGGCUAUCAUGAAUAAAGAGCGAGAAGUAGCGGAACGGGAAACUGCGUUAUUACUGAGGGAAGCCGCUAUCAAUAGCGUGGACCGUGGUAAUUUCGAUGCAGAAUGUGCUGCUUUCAAAGCUGCACAAAUUGCGUUUGCGUCAGAACGAGUCGUCUUUAUGGAAGAACGUAACGCGUUCAACAUUGAGCGCGCCACACUGGGAGCUGAGCAGUUGGCAUUAAGCAACGAACGUGCAGCCUUCACAGCCGAAAUAGGUGCUUUCAAUGCCGAAAAGGUACUAUUCGAAUCUCAACGUGCAACACUAGAGCAAGAGCGUGAGGCGUUUGCGAAAGAAAGAGAUGUGUUUGCUCAGGAAGUGCAGAAUGUACGAAAGGCUUUUGCAGCUCAGGUUGAUGAGAUGAGAGCAGAGAAAGAACGACUGGAUGCCAGGAAAGAGGCGGCGGCGGCAGUGGUUGAAAUGAGGACGAAGAAGCCACUGGAGGAACAAAAGAACGCUCCAGGGAUGCCACCUCUCAUGAAAUACAUGUCAUACGACGAGACGCCCAGUCGACCAACCCAGAAGGCCAAUGGAUUCGUGUCCAAAAACUACCAAACACCCAUCGGCAGGCGACUUGCUUCGAGGAGCAUGACGAACCUGGGUUCUGCUAUGCGAGGUGUCGUGCUUACUGACUCUGGGGAACAAAUCCCAACGCCAACUCGAGGGGGGGCUGUACCAUCCUCAUCUGAUAUUACGAUAGAUGAACGCCCGACUAGUGCGCCUAUACCAGCUCCGCAACCAGCUGAAUCGAUAGAACCCGCUCCCUUGGAACGUUCAUUAUCUGAAGGCGAUCCUCCAAAGAGGCUCGCGCGCCGAUCAACAGUAGGACCCGCCGGUCGACCUAUAGGCGCACCCGCUACAACAAUUCAAACCUCGGGGUGGGAUGCGCCGCCGCCAGUUUACGACCCCAAUGAUGAGGAAAAUCUGCCGAGCCCAUUCCUUAAGAGGGGAAAGACUGAAAUCGUAAAGGGGAAGAAGGUACCAGGCCUACUGCAACUCGCUACUGGAAACGCUGCGAAGGCCGGAACGACGACAACGCGAACGGGUGUUUCAAGUAGUCUCAGAGCUGGUACCAAAGCCUCUCUAAUGCGAGCGGUUAAAGCAUCUGAGAGCGUAACAAAGACGCUAUCAUCCAAACGAUAG